CCCCUUCACUCAAAGUCAGUGAGCAGCGCGCGCGUCUCAUUCUACCUGCUGAACGCGCGCUGCUCACAGCAUGGCUAAAUCUCAGUCGAGACGCUGCUGCUUCUGCAUACUCGCUUUAGUGUGCCUUGUUGUAACUAUCUGCCUUUGCAUCAUUUUAACCACCAAACCGAAAUGCGCGUUCACGCACGGCGCUGUUUCCGCGGACUCUGCCAGGUGCUCCAACAUCGGCAGGGACAUAUUGCUUGAGGGGGGCUCAGCGGUGGACGCAGCCAUCGCAGCUCUGCUCUGCACUAGUUUGGUCAACCCACAGAGCAUGGGCUUGGGUGGAGGGGCCAUCUUUACCAUUAUGGACAAAACAGGCAAAGUGAAAAUCAUCAGCUCAAGAGAAACCGUCCCAAAAGAUGUCCAAGCGGAUCUGCUGAAUAAGUGUCCGAAAACCACUCCAUUAGCUCCAGGAAGUCACUGGAUAGGUGUACCAGGAGAACUCCGUGGCUACGAAAGGGCUCAUCAGUUGUAUGGAAAGCUGCCCUGGGCCAAACUAUUCGCGCCCUCUAUCAAGCUGGCACGAGAGGGCUUCCCCAUGCCACCCUACCUCGCUCAUUUCUUGCAGGAAAAAUUAAUCCAAAUGCUGAUUCAAGGCACUGAACUCAGUGAACUAUUUUACACGGACAAGACAGCUCGUCAACUAAGGGACACCCUCAAGUUCCCUCAGCUGGCAGAAACCAUGGAAACUAUCGCCACAGAAGGAGCCGAUGCCUUUUACACUGGAAAAAUCGCCAAGGACUUAAUCCAGGAUGUACAACAUAGAAAUGGAGUGUUAUCAUUAGAAGAUCUGAGAACUUUUCAGGUCAGAGUCAGUGACGCGUGGUCAGUCCAACUAGGGGAAUACAAGAUGCACUUCCCUCCUCCACCGGCAGGGGGAGCGAUCCUCAGCUUUAUCCUCAAACUAAUGCAUGGGUUCGGGCUUUCUCCAGCCUCCACCCAAGGAGACCAGAAAACCCUGACUUUGCAUCGGUUCCUUGAGGCGGUUAAGUUUGCCAAUGGACAAAAGCACAACUUCAAAGACCCCAAGUUUGACUCUACAAAUAUGACGUACAUCACAGAUGAGAAGUUCAUUAAGUACAUCAAGGCUUUGAUCACUGACGGCUCCACACACAACGCCUCUUACUACAACUUCACGCCGUCAGUGGACAGCGUUGGCACCACGCAUGUUUCAGUGAUGGCAGCAGAUGGCAGUGCCGUGUCAGUCACCAGCACCAUCAACCACAUGUUUGGGUCAACUGUUUACUCUCCUAAAACUGGUAUCAUCCUCAACAACGAGCUAGCUGACUUCUGCGGCCAAGCAGAUUCUGUCACACCAAAGGAGCAGCCUCCCUCCUCCAUGGCUCCUACCAUCCUGCAGUCCCAGGAGAAGACUCUGGUGAUUGGUGGAUCAGGAGGAAGUUACAUCACCACAGCUAUGGCUCUGUCUAUUAUGAACCACUUGUGGUUUGGGAUGAACCUUAAAAAAUCUAUCAGUGAAAAAAUAGUAUUUGUGAGCUCCAGCAACGAUGUCCUUUUUGAGGAUGGAUACAUCAAAUCAGCUAUCGAGGCAAUGAAAGCAAUAGGACACAAUGUGACGGAAAAAAACAUUUACCCAUUUUUAAAUGUGGUCAACGGUAUCUCGAAAGAAGGCCAGUGCAUCAGUGCCGUAUCUGACGUCAGGAAGCUCGGCGAGUCGGCGGGAUACUGACCCUGCGUCUGUUUGUGCUGUCAGCUGUUAGAGAUUGGUGUGGUGAUUCAUCAGGACCAAGAGGAAGUGAGGGGGGAAACAAAGGGUCAGCACUCGCUUUCAGCAACACCUGUAGACACCAUAAAGUCAAACACAGGAUGAUUUGCGCAAUGAUGUGCAUUUAGCCGUCAAUUUCCAUUUUUUGGACUUUUAAAAACAAGAGUUACUGUAAGAUUAGAGUACAAAUAAAUAUGCUUUUUGUGUCAGGGAGACCGGGGCUAGUUGUCACACUGAGGAAGUUGUCACAAGGGUUGCAUCCCAAAAACACAGGGAUUUAUUCAGGAAAGAAUCAACUAUCUAAUGAAGGUAGAUCAUACAUCUCUAUUUUAAAAAAUAAAAUAAAAAAAGGUUGAGUUGGAAUAGUUUGCAAGAGCGCGAUUAGAAACACAACAGAGUGAGCACAUGUAUUUUCUUGUUUGAUUGGUGUGAUGACGUUUAAUAAUCCCGAUAACAUCUGUAGUCUCAUUUAACCACUUGUUAGUCACUGCCUUUUUCAAGACAAGUUCAAGUUAAAAAAAAAAAAUCACAGGUGCCCUUUAAGUGAAUUUCGUAUCCUCAUAAAAAAAAAAUAUAUAUAUAUAUAUAUAGAGAGAGAGAGAGAGAGAGAGAGAGAGAGAGAGAGAGAGAGAGAGAAACAACAACACAGACUUCAAGACAAUGGAACUGGAAGUUCUAAAAUGUGUUUUAAACCUUGUUUUGUAGCCCAUAAAAAUACAUCAUCCCAACAGCACUUUGUAUGUUUGCCAGAAUAUUAGCAUGAUAUUUUUCUAUAACCUUUUUGCUUAUCAUAUUUUUGUUUAGUGGGGGGUGGGGUGACUGUUGUUAUUUUGUUUUGUGUUUGUGUGUGUGUGCGUGCGUGCGUGCGUUCGUGCAUGUGUGUGUGUGUGUGUGUGUGUGACCUUUUUUAAAAAUUAUGGACUGUAUUUUUUUCUGGCCAGUAAUCAUGGAGUUGUUAAUUAGCUUUUUUUGUAGCCAAAUCCAUGUGCAAAAACUGUCAGCAAACACAUUUUCAGGUUUUGUACAAAGAAGCACUUAACAUCAUCCAGCACUGUUUCCUAUAAGAGCGAGUAACUUGAGGUCAGUGUUUUUUAUGCACAAGUAUAUUACUGAAUCUAUUCCAUUUUUAAAGUUGUUACUGUAAAUGUUGUUUUAUUAAAAAAAUCGAAAUGUGAAUGUCAACAAACUAAAUGAGACACUGCAAUCAUGAAAUUACUUUAGCAAUUAUUGUUUUACUUUUACUUUUUUAUUUGUUUCGUAUGCACUUUUUAUAUUUUCCAUAAUUUUAUUUUUAUAAACAAUGUUUUUUAAUAGCAUACAUUGGUUGAACUUAAAUCAGAAAUAUGUUCUACUUUUCAACUAUUUUAUAUAGUUUACUGUAGCUGUUGACGUUGCUGUUGAUUUAGCAUAUUCACCAUAUCCCAUUAUGCACCAGAGGACUACAGAAGUGUAUUUUUCAUUUCAUAGGCUACGUCACAAUAAAUAAUUUCUAAUGUCUUUGAAA